UUCUCUCCUCGCGCUCCCUCUCGCUCUGCGUGAGCGGCUGUUUCUGAACAUACAGGGGGAUAGUUAGUGAGAGCCAGCCAGGCAUCUGUAUUAUAUCAGAGACUUAUUUUAAAGAGCGACUCGCUCGGUCCGCACAGAAAUUUUAGACGAGUUCUACCAGGUCAGCUCGCGGGAAAGCCGUCUCCGAGAUAAGACAUGGACUGUCACAAUGAGGAGUGCAGCCGGCCUCAGGAGGAGGAGGACAUCAUGGACAUCCCCCUGGACGACCCUGAGGCCAACAGGGCUGCUGCCAAGAUCCAGGCUGGAUUCCGUGGCCACAUGACCCGUAAGAAGCUGAAACCAGAAGACAAAACAGAAGGGGAGGAGAGACAGGAAGAUCGGGGACAGUAGGGAGGGACGACACAUCAUACCAGAACACUAACGCCCCCCUGUCCUUACCUGGAUGAAGAGAACGAGGAGAGGAGAGGGGAGGCGCGGCGGUGAGAGAUGGCUGGUAUAGGCUGAUCGGAGACACACCUUUUUAACCCCAGGAGGCGUUCUCUUUCCUUUUUUUGUUUAGUUUUUUUUUUUUUUUUUUCAGCACAAUUUAGCAGUAGAAAAUGAACUGUUCUUGAGGGUGUGUUAUGUGAAUUUUGUGAACUUUAACACUCCUUCUCUGCUUCUUCAGCAGCCUCAUCAGUCCGGAUGUCUUUGACCCAGAAUUUGCAACUCACUGCAUGUACUUGUGAAACUUCUGCUAGUGUGCUACUUUACUGUGAAUGUGAAGAUGAAUGUCCUCUAAAUGCUAAACAGGGCUUUUUUUGAUGGAUAAAUGCAUAUUGUCUACAGUAUAUACACUUUGUGUGAUUAGUGGUUUUUCUUUUAUUUUGAAAUGCUUGUAUCUAAUAAUUACUGCACUUGCAUAAUAAUUAAAGUUUCAAAAUUUACAAAAGCA